GCCCCGGCGGCGGCGGCGGCGAGAUGGCGGCGGUCGGCGGCCCGGGUCCGUCCCGGCUGUGGCUGCUGUGCCUGUGCGCGGUCCUGCUGCCGCGGGGGGCUCGGGGCCUGACGGAGGGCCUGUACUGCGGGCGGCGAGUCUGCUACGAGGUGCUGGGCGUCAGCCGCCAGGCCAGCAAGGCGGAGAUCGCCCGCGCUUACCGGCAGCUGGCCCGCAAGUAUCACCCCGACCGUUACCGGGGGGAGGCCGGCGGCGGGCCGCAGGCGGCGCACGAGAAGUUCCUCCUCAUCGCCACCGCCUACGAGACCCUCAAGGAUGAAGAAACACGUAAAGAUUACGACUACAUGUUGGAUCAUCCUGAAGAGUAUUACAGGCAUUAUUAUCACUACUACAGCAGAAGAUUGGCACCUAAAGUGGAUGUCAGAAUAGUGAUCCUAGUUACAGUGUGUGCUAUCUCCGUGUUUCAGUUCUUCAGCUGGUGGAGUAGUUACAAUGAAGCUAUCAACUACCUUGCUACAGUGCCAAAAUACCGUAUACAAGCUACUGAGAUUGCCAGGCAACAAGGUUUACUCAACAAAACUAAAGAAAAAGGCAAGAACAGGCGGUCUAAAGAAGAAAUUCGUGAAGAAGAGGAAGAAAUCAUCAAAGACAUUAUUAAAAAUAAAAUAGAUAUAAAAGGCGGUUAUCAGAAGCCCAAGAUAUAUGAUAUCCUUCUAUUUCAGAUCCUUCUUGCUCCUUUUUACUUGUGCAAAUACGUAGCUUGGUACUGUUGGUGGAUUUACUGUUUCACUAUUAAAGGGCAAGAGUACGGUGUGGAAGAGAAACUAUAUAUCAUACGGAGGUACAUGAAAAUGUCUCAGUCUCAGUUUGACAGCCUAGAAGAUCAUCAAAAAGAGACCUUUCUUGAACGGCAGCUGUGGAUACGAGAAAACUAUGAGGUCUAUAAACGAGAACAAGAGGAAGAGUUAAAGAAGAAGAUGGCCAUGGAUCCUCGAUGGAAGAGGUAUCGGCGGUGGAUGAAAAAUGAAGGACCCGGAAGACUGACUUUUAUUGAUGACUGAAAGUUGCUGAACAAAAUGUGUGCUAAUGUUGAAAGCGAUUUGCAAAACUUUUCACUACAUCAUUCAGAGUUUUGUCUGCUGUGGCUCAGCAGUGAUCUAAAACUCAGGAAUUAUUAAAUCAGGCCGAAAAAUAAUACAGGUUUACUGUUUUUAUAAAUCAGACCUAUUAAACAGGCUCAGCUCAAUGUGUAUAUGACAUUUACUUGGGGAUCUGUGUGGAAUUCAUUAUUCCAGACAAUGUAUUUUCUCUACAUAUUUCAUGUUCAUGAUCAGUGGAACUAUAACUUUAGUCUUUCUGAAACUGUUUCUAGAUCAGUCCUUGAAAGUCCUGUUUUUCCUUUUUAAACUGAAGGGUUCCUGCGAACGGACACUGGAAAUGCUUAUAAAGGAUUCUGAAGCAAGGGCCAUUUCCUUUUUUCCUCUCUCUUCCCCUCUACUUUUCAAUCUAAUUUCUAAGAUGCCAAAUUGUUUUUUGAUGUAGACAAUAUGGGGAUUAUACCGGACUACUUCUUUUGCUAUUCCUGCUCCAGUUGGAAAUGAAUUUUGUUCUUUGUGGGAAUAAAUGAUGCAUGAUUGAUCAUCAUCGUGAUGCAAACAAGCCUUAAGUCUUUGUUCUACAGAGUGAUUCAUGAAAUAGUGUGCUUAGAUCUUUUGCGUUUGGUUUUUCAUCUUGUGUGUUGGAUUGUACCUGCUUGUUCAGAACAAGUAUACCAGUGAAUAUUAGUCUACUAAAUGUGACGUUUAUUUCACCAAAGUAUUGGUAAAAGGGAAAAUGACCCUUUUGUUAAAAAGGGCAAUUUUGAUGCCUUAUGUAAAUAAAAGUUUAUAUAAUAUACAUACUGAACUUGUUUUAAAUUCUAAAUGUAAAGUAUUCUUUAUGUGUAUCUCUUCUGAUCAGACCUCAGAGUACUUAGAAUAAAUAAUGCACAACAGCAUGCUGUGGUUUCCUCUGUAA